AUGGGUUUAAAGGAAAAGGGGAAUGGAGAUGGCGACAAAGAAAUGAGGGGUACGAGGAUGGAGAGGAACGGAAAUGAUGAGGGUAGAUCUGGAAUUUCCGCAUGGGGUAACACCUUAGGGAAUGAGUUAAUGGAAUUGGGAUGUGAUGAACGCUUGGCUCAAUCUGAAUUAGCUUCUGAAGUGUCGGCUGGAGACUUCGAUUACAACCAUGGUUUGAUGGAGAAUGCUUUUGCAAGCGCUUCUGCGAUUACAGACCAGAGGCAAAAAAUAGAGCAGUAUAAGAGCAUACUUGCUGCUGUCAUUUCAUCCAAUGACAUUGCUCAGGCUAGGAAAUUCAUCGAUCACAUGUUAUCAGAUGAUGUUCCAUUAGUAGUUUCGCGACAACUUUUGCAGACUUUUGCUCAAGAGUUGGGAAGAUUGGAGCCUGAGAUACAGAAAGAGAUUGCUCAUUACACGCUUGCCCAAAUUCAGCCUCGCGUUGUGUCAUUCGAAGAGCAGGUUUUAGUUAUUAGAGAGAAACUUGCCGAGCUUUAUGAAUCUGAGAAGCAAUGGUCGAAAGCAGCUCAAAUGCUCAGUGGUAUUGACCUAGAUUCAGGAAUGAGGGUGAUUGAUGAUGCAUUCAGGUUGUCAAAGUGUGUCCAAAUUGCUUGUUUAUACCUUGAGGACGAUGAUGCUGUCAAUGCUGAAGCUUUUAUUAAUAAAGCAUCAUUCUUGGUCAGCAAUAGUCCGCAUGAAGUACUCAAUUUAAAGUACAAGGUAUGUUAUGCAAGGAUCUUAGAUUUGAAGAGGAAGUUUUUGGAAGCAGCGUUACGGUAUUAUGAUAUAUCUCAAAUUGAGAAAAGGAAAAUAGGAGACGAGGAGAUUAAUGAGGAAGCACUUGAACAAGCUUUAUCUGCUGCUGUUACAUGCACCAUAUUGGCAGCUGCAGGACCUCAGCGUUCCCGUGUUCUUGCCACUUUGUAUAAGGAUGAGCGUUGUUCAAAGUUGAAGAUCUAUCCAAUAUUGCAGAAGGUGUAUUUGGAGAGAAUUCUAAGAAAACCAGAAAUUGAUGCUUUUGCAGAAGAAUUGAAACCACAUCAGAAAGCUCUUCUUCCAGACAAUUUCACGGUGCUGGACCGUGCUAUGAUUGAGCAUAAUCUUCUUAGUGCAAGCAAACUUUAUACUAAUAUCAGCUUUGAUGAGCUAGGCACGCUGUUGGGAAUCCCCCCUCACAAGGCUGAGAAGAUAGCAUCAAGAAUGAUUUACGAGGAUAGGAUGAGGGGAUCUAUCGAUCAGGUUGAAGCAGUCAUACAUUUUGAUGACGACACUGAAGAGUUGCAAAGAUGGGACCAGCAGAUUGUAGGUCUAUGUCAAGCCCUCAACGAUGUUUUGGAUAGCAUGGCCAAGAAGGGCUUUCCAGUUCCUGUUUAA